UAAAGAGUUUAUCUUCUAAAGGAAUAUAUUCAUUGCAAAAAUUACUGAAUUGCCAAUCAUAAGAAAUCUAUGGGAUAUUGCAUGUUGCUUGUACUCUAAUUUUAUCAAUUGUCUUUCUUCUCUUUUUAAACAUUAAGCAAUUUAAAUUUUAAAUUGCCUUUUUGGAACAAAGAUAACACAGGAAGUGAAGAGUCUUCUUGAGUCAUAUUCUAAAGUAACAUUCUUAAUUACUAAUGAAUGUAUGCUAAGCAUAUCUUAAAGGCUAUGAUAUACAUCAAAAUUCUAUCUGACAAAAUGUAUUCUUUGUCUCAUGUUUCUGGUAAUUUGUAUAGUACUUCAAGUCUGCAGGCAAGAUGAUAAUUCAACUUUCCUAUAUUUUAAGAAAGAAAGAAACAAAGUUAUAUUCUUAAUGUAAUUUCUCCCCAUCUAAUUUUGGGGUUUUCCCCUUAUAUUUUUAUUUAUACAUUUUCAUCAAGAACAGAAGCAGCAAAAGAAAAAUAAUUUAUAGUGAGAAAGAACAAGUCACUGUCCAGAGAGAGGUUUGUGUAGAUCUGGGUCAACUUAUAUUAAGCAAACAAGUCUUGUUGUCUCUGUUAGGAAUUCAUGCUUGACAGGUUGGAACAGAAGUCCACUGAAAUAUUUGAAGGGCCAGAAAAACCUACAGUACUUCGUAACUUUUGCCACUUGGUCCACUCAGGCAAUGAGGGCAUAUAUUAUUCUGAGUCUGAAUUUCAAAUUUUAAAAUUUUGCAUGCUCAGCAGGUUUACAGUAUAAAAUUUAGGGCCAUAUUUCCCUCUUGGAAAGAUCAGGUGAAGUUAAAACAGAAAUCUUUAUGUAAGAUACAGUCACGUUUGGCUUAAAUAAGCUGACGCUUAUGGUCAAGUGUUUUACAGCAGAGGAAGAAGCGACUCAAGAAAAGGAAUAUAGGCUUUCUUCUCUCAAAACGUAUCUGUUUUGAUUAUCCAAUUUAGGCAAUUACCUGGCUUUGCAUGAUAUAAAGUCUAAAGCCCAGGUAAGAUAUGGUUCAGCAAACCGAGAGAGCCCUGGGGCUGGCUUUGUUAUUCGAAGCACGGCAAGUAUGAAUCCUUCCUUUCUUUUAAAUAAUGCGACUUGUGUGGAAUUUCGAGCCGGCAUACUUUCACACACAAUUUAGUGUUGCUGCCCGGUAGGUAGAAAGUAAAAAGACAGCUGAGGUAGAGACUCCAAGCCGAAAGGGACGACAACCAUGAAACCUCGGAGCUUUUAAGCGUUUGGUUUCUUAGAAAAGUUCUCCGGGAAAGGAAACUUUCCCCCCCACGCUGAGUUAUACGGAGCCCCGACUUCACACCGGAGCCUCAAAACUUUGAAGAUGAAGGAACACAACAAAGGGGGAGGGGCGUAGAACCUGUUGCCCGGAUCGCCACGGGAGACCGAACGCCCUGCGCCUGCAGCAGCUGCCGACUUGCCUGCCUGCCUGCCUUGCAACACGGGCAAUGAACCGUCCGUCCGGGGAAAGCUGCUUGUCCUCCCCUCCUCCCACACACACGCCCAAGGGCAGAGGGCGGCCAAACACGUCGCGCGGAUUUUCGGGGCGUGUGUGUGUGCUUGCGCCUCCUGCUAACCGCUGCCCGGUGGCGCUGCUGAGCGGCCCAGGGGCACCGGGUAGCCCGCCUGGCCUGGCCUGCCCUCCCGUUCCCCCGCAGACGUCCCCCUUUCUCCGGCGGGCAGGGCGCGCGGCGAACAUGGCGGCGGCCAAGGCGGUGGGGCGGGACACUCUACCUGAGCACUGGUCCUAUGGCGUCUGCAGGGACGGCCGGGUCUUCUUCGUCGACGACCUGACCCGCGCAACUACUUGGCUGCAUCCUCGCACCGGGGAGCCCGUCAACUCAGGCCACAUGAUUCGCUCAGAUCUGCCCCGUGGCUGGGAGGAGGGAUUCUCGGAAGAGGGAGCCAGCUAUUUCAUUGACCACAACCACCAAACUACCACAUUUAAACAUCCAGUGACUGGCCAGUUUUCCCCAGAAAACGUGGAGUUUAUUUUACAAGAGGAGCAUAAUUCACAUAUGUCCAAACAUCAGAUAAACCAAAGACCUUCAAGUAUGGUCAGUGAAACAUCUACUGCUGUAACUACAUCCACUACAGAAACAAAACUUGGAUCCAAGUUAGUAAAAUCUAGCAAUAAAGUUCAUAGCUUUGGGAAAAGGGAUCAAGCUAUAAGGAGAAACCCUAAUAUUCCUGUUGUGGUCAGAGGCUGGCUUCACAAACAAGAUAGCUCUGGAAUGAGAUUAUGGAAAAGAAGGUGGUUUGUGCUGGCAGAUUACUGUUUAUUUUAUUACAAAGACAGCAGAGAAGAAGCUGUUCUUGGAAGUAUACCAUUACCUAGUUAUGUAAUUUCACCUGUGGGACCUGAAGAUCAUAUAAAUCGCAAAUAUUCUUUUAAGGCUGUCCAUACAGGCAUGAGGGCUUAUAUUUAUAAUAAGAGUUCUGUUAUUGGCUCUCAGGCAGAGCAUUCAGGGAUGCGCACAUACUACUUUAGUGCCGAUGCUCAAGAAGAUAUGAAUGACUGGAUCCAUGCUAUGAAUCAAGCUGCUCUUAUGCAAAUCCAUUUUUCACCAAAGAGUGGAACAGAAAAAGCAGAUCAACAAGCUGUCCCUCAAGCUAAUCAUAUUGAUACCUACAAAGAAGUUACGAAGUUAGAACCUGCUGAUGCAAAAAGAGGCUACAAAAAAUCACCCGAAAUGUCUGCAUAUUGCAAACAUGAAGAAAUGAAAAAAGUAAGAGAUGAUGAACACUACACUGCAAGGAAGAAGGCUGUGGAUUCCAAAUGGGAGAAACCUAAACAGCUAUUAGAACCUGGUGGAAUACUGAAUCCUGCAUCAAGUUUCUCUCGGCCUCAAGCAACUCAAACUCUUGAGAAGAAUGGAAUGCCUCCAAGUUCACUAAAUGCAGGUCCAGUAGAGCAGAAUGGUAUCAAUGUCUAUAAAAGAGGCUUUAUUCCCAGAUCAACACAAAAUAAGGAGACACAAAGGAAAAGUAAUAUGACUCACAUCGAACAUUGGGUAAAAGUCCAGAAAGGAGACACAAAAAGUCUUGCAUCUGACCAGACUCUUACUCGCCAAGUACCAAGCCAUUCUGUAUCUUUUCCUGAAAAUUAUCAUACUUUGCCAAAGAAUACUAGGCAAUCUUCUGGAAGCUCCCCUCCCUCAAAUCGUGAUUUGCCAAGUGACUACAAAUAUGCUCAAGAUCGGGUAAGCCACCUGAAGAUGUCCCAUGAUGAGAGAAAAGCUAACAAAGAUGGUACUGUUUGGCAGCUGUAUGAAUGGCAACAAAGAAGGCAGUUUAAACACGGGAGCCCAACCGCACCUGUUUAUAUUAGUUCUCCGGACUUCACAGAUAGUAGUAAGGAAAGAAGUUCAUUAGACGUUCCACGUUCAGUUUCGGUUCCCCCUUCCCCAUCUGAAAUACCUCCACCAGGACCACCUAAAGUUUUUAUAUCCCGAAGACCGCAUACACCUGCAGAAAGGGUUACUGUCAAACCAGCUGAGGAGAGACAAACAAUAGACGUUCCUUUUGUUGGCUCACCAAGGAAGAUUCGAAAUCAGAGUGUAAAAAACUCUCUACACAUAGAUAGACGUUCCAUGCCUACAAUGGGAUAUAUGACCCAUACUGUAAGUGCUCCAAGUUUGCAUGGGAAAUCGGCUGAUGAUACCUACAUCCAGCUGAAGAAAGACCUUGAAUAUUUGGAUCUGAAGAUGACGGGGCGCGAUACAUUCAAAGAACGACAUGCAAAACCCAUCAAAAUUGGAGAAAGUGAUAUUGAUGUAAAGCUGAGUGUCUUCUGUGAGCAAGACAGGAUUCUGCAAGAUCUAGAAGACAAAAUAAUAGCCCUUAAAGAAAAUAAAGAUCAGCUGGAAUCUGUCUUGGAAGUAUUACAUAGACAGAUGGAACAAUACAAAGACCAACCACAGCACACAGAAAAAAUUACAUAUCAGCAGAAACUUUUGCAAGAAGAUCUCAUACGUAUUCGGGCUGAAAUAUCCAAAGUAUCUACAGAAAUGGAAAAUGCUUGGAAUGAAUAUCUGAAAUUGGAAAAAGAUGUGAACCAGCUGAAACAAAGUGUGCAAGAACAGAUGAAUAAAUCAUGUUUUUCUCAGGAGAAAGCUCAAAUGCAAAAAGAUUUGUGGAGAAUUGAAGAUGUUACAUCUGGCCUAAGUACAAAUAAAUCCAACUAUAAAGUCAUAAUUGAAUCUAUCAAGAAUCCAGAAAGAAAAAUAGUGCCUUCAUUUUCAAAGCCUCUAGUGCCUUCAUCAUCAUCUGCCUUCAUGUCAACAGACAGCAAACUUUCUACUCAGCAAAGUCCACCAACUAGUCCUAUCAAGCCCUCAUUGGAAGUCAGACUUUUUCCUCAGCCUUAUACACAGCCCAGAAUGUUUUCUCCCUCCCUACAAGUGAAAAAAGUUGAACCUCCAAUCCAGUCACCAGUGAAAUUGAAACCAAAGGAAGAUGAAGCACCACCAAGACCUCCUCUCCCACAGCUGUAUAACACUGAUGAUAACCCACCAGCUGUUCCACCUCUUCCUAAAGAAGCUACAGUAAUAAGGCACACAUCAGUGCGUGGUCUCAAACGUCAAUCUGAUGAAAGAAAACGAGACCGUGAACUUGGACAAUACAUAAAUGGGGAUUACAGGGUAGAACUCCGCUCAUAUGUGAGCGAACCUGAAUUGGUAACAAUAGGCGGUGAUCUGAGCCAAUCUUCCAUUGGUUUUCGUGGUACUGACAGUAGAUACCAAACAUUACCUACCAGAGGAUUAUCUGGUUCAACUUCUAGACUCCAUCAGUCAUCAACAGUUUCAUCAUAUUCAACGCUUCGAAGAGAUGCUUCCAAGGAGAGACCAAAGAGUGCCUUGGAACGUUUAUACUCUGGAGAUCCCCAAAGAGGAAAAAUGAGUGCUGAAGAACAAUUAGAAAGAAUGAAGCGACAUCAAAAGGCAAUCGUUCGUGAACGCAAAAGAACUCUUGGUCAAGGAGAAAGACAUUCGGUUUCAUCACGACCAUUCAUUCCUCCUGGUUCUGCAGACAUAGACUCAUGGAAGCGGGAGCAAGAAUUUGACUUUCAGUUAUUGGAAAGAGCAAUUUGUACAGAAUCAAAAAUGGAAGAUAAUUGGUUAAAAAUCAACCCUGUGGCAGUAACAGAGAGAGAUCUAGAGCCUGAAGAUUAUAAGUUGAAUAUUAGCAAAGAGUUGUCAAAGCCAGACAAGGUUGCCAUUCCAGAAAGGUACAUUGAUAUGGAUCCUGAAGACCCCCUCACUCCUGAAGAAUUGGAAGCAAGACAUCGUAAGGCAGAAAAAAUUAGGCAUAUUCUCACCAGAUCCAGUGUGCACAACCUACAGCCUCCAAUUCAGGACAAAUACAUCUCUUCAAAUUUAGAUUCACAGCUACACGAGCAAGAACGCAUCAUUACCAUAUCAUACGCACUGGCUUCAGAAGCCUCUCAGCGGAGCAAAGAGGUAGCAGCCAAAGCAGUAACUGAACAGUGAUUCCUGGAAUGUGCCAGUAACAAUCGCCUAAUGAACAAAUGCAACCAGAAAGAAGGAAGAGGCACCCCCAGGCUAGCCUUCUCUCAUAAUUACUCUUAUUCGAACAUCUUUUAUAAAUAAGUAUAGA